AUAAAACAUAGUAUGUUUUGACGUUUACAUCUAUUUUUUGUUAGUCUUAAAUCACGUUAAUAUAUUAGUAAGCGCAUUGUACAUAAAAGCAUUCAGAAUGUCUGAGAAAAAAAUUAAAUUUCCAAUUCAUGACACUCAUCUGAAUAAAAUUUAUGGAAAUUUGCGGAAUGCUUGUAUUUUAGCUGUUUUGGCACCACUCUGCUUUUAUGCCAUGUACAAUUUGCCCCAUAUGAAUAAAUAUAAGAGUUUUUAUUCUAAUUAUGAUCCAAUGGAUUCCUUUGAUCGCAUGCAGACUGGAGGUUACCUGUCUUCGUGCCCAAAAGAAAAAGAUGACAAAAAAAAAUAAAAUACAAGAUAUAUAUAUAUAAAAUACACGAAAAAUGUAAGGUUGCGUAAAUGUCAGUUCCAGUAGGUGAAAGAAAAUCCAAAUAAAUGAAGAA